AUGUCUGCAGCCUGGAUCAUAGUUCUCUGUCUCGGUAUCUGUCUGAUGCUGCUGCCGGAACCCGCGGGCAGCGAGGGACCAGUUCCUAUUGCUAUCACAUGCUUUACCAGAGGCUUGGACAUCAGGAAAGAGAAAGCAGAUGUCCUUUGCCCAGGUGGCUGCCCUCCUGAGGAAUUCUCUGUGUUUGGGAACAUAGUUUAUGCUUCUGUAUCAAGCAUAUGCGGGGCUGCUAUCCACAGGGGAGUAAUCAGCAUCUCAGGAGGACCUGUACGCAUCUAUAGCCUACCUGGCCGAGAAAACUAUUCCUCUGUAGAUGCCAAUGGCAUCCAGUCUCAGAUGCUUUCCAGGUGGUCUGCUUCUUUCACAGUGACUAAAGGCAAAAGUGGUGCUCAGGAAGCCACAGGACAGGCAGUGUCCACAGCACGUCCAUCAACAGGCAAACGACUAAAGAAAACACCAGAGAAGAAAACUGGCAAUAAAGACUGUAAAGCAGACAUUGCCUUUCUGAUUGAUGGAAGCUUUAAUAUUGGGCAGCGCAGAUUUAAUUUACAGAAGAAUUUUGUUGGGAAAGUGGCUCUGAUGUUGGGAAUUGGAACAGAGGGACCACACGUGGGUCUUGUUCAAGCCAGUGAACAUCCCAAGAUAGAGUUUUAUUUGAAAAACUUCACAUCAGCCAAAGAUGUUUUGUUUGCCAUAAAGGAAGUAGGUUUCAGAGGAGGUAAUUCCAAUACAGGCAAAGCCUUGAAGCAUACUGCUCAGAAAUUUUUCACAGCUGAUAAUGGAGUGAGAAAAGGGAUCCCCAAAGUGGUGGUGGUGUUUAUUGAUGGUUGGCCUUCUGAUGACAUUGAGGAAGCAGGCAUUGUGGCCAGAGAGUUUGGAGUCAAUGUAUUUAUAGUUUCUGUGGCCAAACCUAUCCCUGAAGAAUUGGGGAUGGUUCAGGAUGUUGCAUUUGUUGACAAGGCUGUCUGUCGGAAUAAUGGCUUCUUCUCUUACCAUAUGCCCAACUGGUUUGGCACCACAAAAUAUGUAAAGCCUCUGGUACAGAAGCUCUGUACUCAUGAGCAAAUGAUGUGCAGCAAGACCUGUUAUAACUCAGUGAACAUUGCCUUCCUAAUUGAUGGCUCCAGCAGCGUUGGAGAUAGUAAUUUCCGCCUGAUGCUUGAAUUUGUUUCCAACAUAGCCAAGACUUUUGAAAUCUCAGACAUUGGUGCCAAGAUAGCUGCUGUACAGUUCACUUAUGAUCAGCGCACAGAAUUCAGUUUCACUGAUUAUAACACCAAGGAGAAUAUCCUUGCUGUUAUUAGGAACAUCCGAUAUAUGAGUGGUGGAACGGCCACUGGUGAUGCCAUUUCCUUUACUGUGAGAAAUGUGUUUGGUCCUGUGAGGGACAGUCCCAACAAGAACUUCCUGGUAAUUGUCACAGAUGGGCAGUCCUAUGAUGAUGUCCGAGGUCCUGCUGCUGCUGCACAUGAUGCAGGUAUCACCAUCUUCUCUGUUGGUGUGGCUUGGGCACCCCUGGAUGACCUGAAAGAUAUGGCCUCUAAACCAAAGGAGUCACAUGCUUUCUUCACAAGAGAGUUCACAGGAUUAGAACCAAUUGUUUCUGAUAUCAUUAGAGGCAUUUGUAGAGAUUUCUUAGAAUCCCAGCAAUAAUGGUGAUAUUUUGACAACUGAAAGAAAAAGUACAAGAGGAUCUAAUGUAUAAACUGUAUUCCCAAUAAUGAAAUAUCACAGCAUACUAGCAUAGUAUGUAUAGUAUUAUAGCAUACUUGUAUUAAAUGUCAACAGCUGUUCUAAACAAAUAAGCAUCCUUUUAAAGCUACUACCUUCUGAUUACAAUUUAGACUUCACAAUUAUUUAAAACACUUGGCUGACUCUUCAUAACUAUGGCCCUUAGAAACUCAGGAAGAGGAGAUAUGGAUUAAAAUCUCUAAAAAGUUUUAAUGUUUAUUAAAUGUUUAGAUAUGUAAAUGUCAAAUAUCAAAAGAAUGUGAUACCUAGACCAAAAGCAA